ACCCAAAUUAGGUCAUUAAUCGCUGAAGGCGCAAGAGACUGAGAUACUAAGAUAUGGAGGCUUACAACUUCUUGAAGCUUAAACCAUUACUAGUCCACGCCCUUCUGCUUUCACUUUCUCUAAUAGCUUCUUUUGCAAAUGCUGAAACUCACUACCGCAAAUUUGUGGUUCAAGACACUCCAGUGAAGAGGCUGUGCAGAACCCCCCAUGUUAUGACAGUGAACGGGCAGUUUCCUGGCCCAACUCUGCAAGUUCGAAAUGGAGACACCCUUAUUGUCAAGGUGCUCAAUAGUGGCCGCUACAAUGUCACCCUCCACUGGCAUGGGGUCCGACAGUUGCGAAAUCCGUGGGCGGACGGGCCAGCGUAUGUGACCCAAUGUCCGAUCCAGCCCGGGGCAACUUACACCUACAGGUUCACCAUUGAGAACCAAGAAGGAACACUCUGGUGGCAUGCUCAUAGCAAAUGGCUCAGAGCCACUGUCUAUGGGGCUCUCAUUAUCUACCCUAAAAUUGGCUGUCCAUAUCCCUUCCCUAAGCCCACCCAUGAAAUUCCCAUUCUUCUCGGAGAGUGGUGGAACAGAGACCCGAUGAGUGUGCUGAGGCAAGCUCAAUUCACAGGGGCAGCUCCGAAUAUAUCCGAUGCCUACACCAUUAAUGGCCAGCCCGGUGAUCUCUACAGCUGUUCCAGCCAUGGAACUGCGAGAUUCGCCAUCAAUUCCGGCGACACAAUCCUUCUCAGAAUCAUCAACGCCGCCAUGAACCAGCAACUCUUCUUCCAAGUGGCCGGCCACCAGCUCACCGUUGUCGAAGCGGACGCCGCCUACACGAAGCCCUUCACCACCUCCACCCUCAUGCUGGGCCCCGGCCAGACCACCAAUGUCCUCCUCACCGCCAACCAGGCCCCCGGCCGCUACUACAUGGCGGCGCGUGCCUACGCCAGCGCCAGCCCCAACGUCCCUUUCGACAACACCACCACCACCGCCAUCCUCGAAUACAGAUCCGCCUCAAGAACCGCCAUGCCAAUCUUGCCUCAAUUGCCGGCGUUCAACGACACAGCCACAGUCACAAGAUUCACGUCGCAGAUUAAAAGUCUUUCAGAAGUCAAAGUUCCGACCAAGAUUGACGAAAAUCUGUUCUUUACCGUUGGACUCGGGUUUCUCAACUGCAUACCCGGGCCCCGGUGCCAGGGUCCGAAUAAUACCCGAUUCGCCGCCAGCAUGAACAACGUGUCCUUCGUGCUGCCCAGAAAGUGGUCUUUGCUCCAAGCCUACUACCAAAGCAUUCCCGGCGUCUUCACCACCGAUUUCCCGCCGGUUCCGCCGGUGAAAUUCGACUACACCGGAAAUGUCAGCCGGGCGCUGUGGCGGCCGGUUUUCUAUACAAAGGUAUAUAAGAUGAAGUUUGGUUCCAGCGUCCAGAUCGUUCUGCAAGAUACGGCCAUCUUCUCGACGGAGGACCACCCAAUGCACAUCCAUGGAUACGAGUUCUACGUUGUCGGACAGGGUUUCGGGAACUUCAAUCCUCGUACAGAUCCGGCUAAAUUCAAUCUCGUCGAUCCUCCGUUGCGAAAUACGAUUGAUGUCCCCGUCGGUGGAUGGGCAGUCAUCCGAUUCGUGGCUGAUAAUCCAGGAGUUUGGUUCAUGCACUGUCACAUAGACAGCCAUCUAACAUGGGGUCUAGCCAUGGCGUUCCUGGUUGAGAACGGAGAAGGCGAGUUGCAGAGCAUAGUGCCGCCUCCUGCUGAUCUGCCUCCAUGCUAGGGCGAUCUCAUCAACAGAGCACAUUGGUUUCGCAAAUAAUUAAACUGUUUUCUCUGCUAGCUAGCUAGCUUGACCUUUAGUCUCCUUCAAUGGGGGAAUUUCGUGAUGGAUUAAAAUGGUUUCACAAUUUUUGCGCCUCUGUUUGUACUGUGUGGUCACGAAGAAUUCCUUCUUCAGGUUGAUUUAAGAGUUGUUUUGUUUUGGCUCAUAUAUUAAUGGAUAAAGAUUUUCUU